AUGAGUGUCGACUCGCCGGGUUUGCGUAUUGUCGACGAAGCGGCAGGACCUAGCGAUACCGGCAGUUCGGAUAUCGCUGCGACGACGUCCACCGAGACCCCGCAUCCUGCUCGGAAAAAUGGCUUCAUUUGCAGUCAGGCCACAUUUGCCGAUGAACUCGAAGCGCUGCGUAAAAUCUCAUGGGCGUCAACGUCGUCGUCGACCAGAUCAGCCGAAGAGAUCCUUAGAAAACACUCAAUGGAUCCAGAUGAGUACCUUCGUAAAGCAUCAUGCAUAUCCGACUGUUACUACGACCUUCCCAUCGAUACUAGGCCUAAAAUGAGCGAUGCUGUACCGCACAUUAACAUUGGACGGGAGUAUCAGGCCCGAGUACGGAAAUGGAACGAUCGAAAGAUCCACGAGUCAGAGCUUGAAGCCAUCGAGGACCGCGAUGAAAUUGUGUUCUCACCGGAUGUCUUACGUGACAUAGAAAAAGAUCAAAUUGAGGCGUUCGAGCUGUUGGCAUGUAGCCAAGCAAUACCGAGACCUGGCAAGAAUAAGGAAUUAGCAUUGCAUUUACUGAUGGAGAAUAAAGGCAAUAUUGAAGCCGCAGUUGCGGAUUUGUUACGCUCUGACACGUUAGACUGGGAGCAGUACCAAGUGAUCUACGGUUCAAACUAUGUUGACUCGGCUGGUUGGACACCUGAGGAAGUGAACGCAUUCCAAGAUGCUAUCUAUAAAACCGAGAAAGACUUUCAUCAAGUUGCACAGGAGCUGCCGAGCAAGACGGUCCGCGAAUGUGUCGAAUUUUACUAUACUUGGAAGAAAGCCUGCCCUGACGACUACCGUAAACUCAGGAACCUUCGACGAAAACGGCAAUUAUUGGAGUUAAAUCUGCAACAGAUGGACGAAGGAACACCGGCCAAGGUGGUUCCAGUCGACGAGAACGUCUCAUCAGAUGCGGAAUCCGACACGACUGCACCGUCAUACUGCGGCCAGGAUAUGUUCGAAAUGAGAGGACGAACGGGCAGUUUCCUUUCGCAAACGAAUGCAUCUAUGUCACCGCUUAGGGACGUGCCAUCAUUACCAUCGUCGUCGUCGAUUUCGCAGUCAUUACUUGGUCUGCGACCAUCACCACCUCUCAAAGAUCUGUCUGGACUGCAACGAAACUAUCAACCGUCGGCGCCUCGUACGCAACCACCAUCCGGCAGCAAGAAAGGAGCGCAACCGAGUGCUGACGGUUUCUUCCAUUGUCGUCUGUGCGAUAAGUGUUUCGAGAAGGUCAAGUCGCUGAACGCUCACAUGAAGUCACAUGCAAUGAAAGCACGAGCAGAAGCUGAAGCGAAGGCUCAAGUGGACGCUCAACUAGCCGCGCAAUCC